AUGCUAUCAGCAGUACCUUCAGUAAAAGAGGAUGGCCGCGAUAGGAACACGAUGGAACAGAGCCCCUUUAAGAUGCCUGAAGAAAACAUCAUUUUCCACUUUGGAAAGACAGAGAAAGCUCAGAGAAAACUAGAAUUUCAGAGAAAUCUGAGUUUAUCUGUUCAUGAGAAGAAGACAUACUCAGGCAGGAUAAAAGCCCAACAGUUAGAGCUGAGGAGAAAACUCAGAGGUGGCCUGGAGGAAGAGGAUGAGGAAGAGGGCACCGCAAACCGCUCACAGAGUGGAGUCCAGCUUCCCCAAAAUGCCCCUGCACCCAAACUGAUCAUGAUCAAAGAUCGUAACAUUGAAAAAGAGAGCAUACGGGAGUUCGUCGACAAGAAACGAGAGAUGUUCUACCUAGAGUAUGCUCUGGCAGUAAAGAGAGAAGAGAUUGCAAAGCUCGAGGAGCAGGCAAGUCAUGAAGAGAAAAAGUUGGCUAAAGCUGAAAAGCUCCUGGAGGAUGACGCUUCCUUGUUUGACACAUUUCUAAAAGAAAACGACAAGAACUCAGUGGAGGCCAUCAGAAUUGCUGAGCAGGAGAGCAAAGCAAAGCUGGAGAAAGUAGCUGAGAUCAAGAGGGUCACCGCUAAGAUGGUGGCCAUUAAAAGCAACAUUUCUAAGCUUGAGGACACACUGCAGGAGUACAAACUCUACAGGGACUUUCUGUUUAAGCUUUCUCCUCCAGAAUGGCAGCAGAAACAGAGAGCGAAGAAGAAAAGCCACACUAAACCCACCUCUGGCAUCAACAAAGGAGAGCAUGAGGGAAAGACCAAUGAGACAGACCGAGGAAAAAAGACCCAUCAAUCUGAUAGAUAUACAGGUCGAGAGAAGAGGAGCCCUGUUUCACGAGAGCUGCGUCCUCUUCGUGAGGCCCAGGCUCCUUCCGGAGACAGCGUCAAAUCAACUCCUCAGAGCAUCAACAUCAGCCCUGCUUCUGAAAGUGACAACUCGGAAUAUGAGGAGGAUCCAGAGCUGUACUUCACAGAUCCUCAACAGCUGCUGGACCUGCUCAGUGAAUUGGAAGAACAGAAUCUCUCACUGAUACAAAACUCUCAGGAGACCGAGGAGAGUCUGGAGGAGUUCAAACAAACCAUGGAACAGACUCGCAAGAACAUUGAGCGAGAAGCCAACCACCUGAAGCAACAGACUGACGCCAUGUCAGAGACUCUUAAGAGAGAAAAAGAGAAAACCGCAGAACUGGAGCUCAAUACCAGGUUCUUUGACUUUGGAAAGAGCAAAGCAGAGGAUGAGCGCACUCUGAAUGCUCUGGGCCAGAAGGUAGAGGAGGUCUACCGGAGCUGCAUUGGAGACAGCGAAACCAACCUGGGCACAUUGCAGAUGUUGACGGCCAUAGAGAACCUGCUUUGUGAUCUGCUGGAGAGCAUAGAGGUCAUUCCCGAAGACCAUCUUGCAAUGGCCGAGAGAGCCAAGGAAAAGGAGAAGAGACUCAGAUUGCGAGAUGAGAAGCUCACUCUGCAGAAACAGCACCAAGAAGAGAGAAUAAAGAAAGCCAUUGAGAGAGCCCAAGCUGAGAUCAAGCGAACUUCUGGUAGGAAGUUGAUGCCUCGCUCCCAGCCUCCUGUUCGUAAACACAAGAACAAAGAGCACAGUGAGAUCGCAGACGAGGAGAAGGAGGAAUAUCUUUACUUCUUCACUUAA